AUUUCUACUUUUCUUCUAUUCUCAGAUGUGCUGUUCACGCCAGUAGAUUUUUGUGUGUGUUUACUGUCUCAAGGAAUUUGCAAAUAUCCAGCAAAAUGAGUCCAGAGGGGAAGAGGCUGUUCAACAUCGUUGUCCUAGGCUUCGGCUUUAUGUUUAUGUUCACUGCUUUUCAAACAUGUGGCAAUAUAGAGCAAACCGUUAUCAAGAGCUUCAAUAACACUGAGUUCCAUGGCAGCGGCUACACAAGCAUGGCCAUCAUCUAUGGAGUUUUCUCUGCAUCCAACCUGAUCGCCCCGUCAGUGGUGACCGUCAUUGGACCGCAGCUAUCAAUGUUUUUCAGUGGGCUUUUGUACAGUGGCUACAUAGCCAUGUUCAUUUACCCGUACACGUGGAGCUUCUAUACAGCGUCUGUAUUGGUUGGAAUAGGAGCAGCAGUCUUGUGGACAGCUCAGGGAAAUGUGCUGGCCAUCAACUCCACUGAUAACACCAUUGGAAGAAACAGUGGCAUAUUCUGGGCGCUGCUGCAGUUCAGCUUAUUCUUUGGAAAUCUAUACAUAUACUGUGCCUGGCAUGGACACGUUCACAUAACAGACAAGGACCGCCAGACGGUGUUCAUCUCUCUCACGGUUAUCAGUCUGGUGGGUUGCUUCCUCUUUUUUCUGAUCCGGAAGCCUGACCCUGAACCCGUUGCUCCCUCGGAGCAGUCGCAGUCGCUGCUGCAGGCUGAAUCCUCAGAGAGCUUCUCCACAGCCAGCUCUCCUGACGUAGGCCUCUGCUCACAAGCUCUAGAUGCUUUUGUGAGAGCGUGUAAAAUGUUUGGCACCAGAGAGAUGCUGCUGCUGAGCCUUUCCAUAGCAUACACAGGCCUGGAGCUCACGUUCUACAGCGGGGUGUACGGGACGUGUAUCGGAGCCAUGACCCGCUUUGGCCAAGAUGCAAAGAGUUUGAUCGGCAUCUCUGGCAUCUGCAUCGGCGUAGGCGAGAUCCUAGGAGGGGGCGUGUUCGGGAUGCUGAACAAGUGUAGCCGGUUUGGGAGGAACCCAGUGGUGCUGCUGGGGCUCAUCACUCACUAUGUCGCCUUCUAUCUGAUUUUCCUCAACAUUGCCAGCGACGCUCCUAUCGCACCGGAGCCAGGGACAGAUCUGCAGGCCUACAUCACCCCCAGUGUCGGCGUGGCGUUGCUCUGCAGCUUCCUGCUCGGUUUUGGCGACAGCUGCUUCAACACGCAGCUCCUCAGCAUCAUCGGCUUCACCUUCCGCGACAACAGCGCCCCCGCCUUCGCCGUCUUCAAGUUUAUACAGUCCAUCAUGGCCGCGCUGGCCUUCUUCUACAGUAACUACCUGCUGCUGCACUGGCAGCUGCUCAUCCUGGUCCUGAUGGGCUUUCUGGGCUGCGUGACCUUCUUUUUGGCUGAGUGGAAGGCCGAGUCCAGGAGGCAAGAAUCGGACUACGACAGCAUCUGAUGCUCGUCUGGGGAGGAGGAAGAGGGCACAGCUGGAGGUGUUUCGCUCUCUCCACAUCUGGAAGAAUCAACAAGGGAUGAUGAUGAUGAUGAUGAUGAUGAUGAUGAUGAUGAUGAUGAUGAUGAUUAACUCAUCCCAGCCUCUGCAAACUAAGACUGACACAGUGGUAUGUAGAAUCCUGGCAGUGGCUGCAAAAAAAAACAUUAAUAUCCAUCUUUAUCUGUAACUAAACUCCAAAGGCAUGAGGAGGAACUGUGAGCACACACAGACUAAUAUACAGUACCUAAUUUUGGCUUUCUAUCUUAUUAUUUACUGCACAUAAAUUUGAAAAUGAAUCCAAACAAAUUAUGGACGUACUUUAAACAAAUGUUACUGAGGCAUGAUAGAUAAAGAUGUGUUAAUAAAAACAAAAAAAAAGUACUUUUGAUUUGAGGGCCUGUCAGCAAUGAUAUAAAGAGGGGGGGCUAAUGAAUCCCACUACUAGUGCCUGUGUGAAGAAAUCCUGAGGAAUAACACUGACUUUAUAGUGAAUAAGCUGUAGAUUUGAAGACUUUAAGAAUACAUUGUUUAGCUCCCGUGUCGGUACUCCUGCCUGCGUUCUCCAAACUGGGGGCGUGCCGACCCCCAUCUACUGUAGGAAAUGCACUGACUAUGGAGAAGUACCCUCGUAAAACCCCACUUAAAAAAAAAUAUCCAAAAUAACCUUUUAAAGACCGCAAAUUGGGUGCAAAGUUAUUAAAAGGGAAACAGAAUUAUCAGAAACUGAACUUUUCAUUUUUUAUUUGUGAGUGUGACAUUUUCACCCUCAAUUCUUCUGCUGUGCUGUUUUUUUUUGUUGUUGCUUUUAUGAUGCACCUUCAGUGCUAUAUAAUUGGUUUAGUUAUAAUAAGAUCCAGAUGACUCUGCAUUCCAGGAAACCUCACAUAAUCAGAAGUGGGUGACUGCCUUCAGUUCAAAUGAAAUAAACAGAGGCUGUUUGGUUUGUGCCAGAAAAAAGAAAAAAAAACACUUCUUUGUUUACCUCCUAAUAUUAAGAAUGUUAAAAGGGGAAAAUGGAGAUGACAAGAUGGUAAAGUUUGUUUCACAUUGUUGACAACAUGCAACAGACUUGAGUUUAGUUUUAGUUUUUAGCUCCGCUAGCAGCUCGGCUUCUAGAGGUCCAGUCAAGUCGGUCCACCACUUUGGUUCAGAGGGAAAUAUCUCGAAAUGAAACUUGGUUCAGACAUUCAACUUCUCUACGAGAUUAAUUUUAAUCACUUUAGUGAUGAUAUAAAAUCUUGCAAGUGUCUUAAAGGGGUACUCCAGUGAUUUAAGUUUUGCUAAAGUUGGAGGACAGAAUGGUCAAUAUUGAAGCAGCAGGCAUGUCGGUCAAGAUCCAAUAUGCUGAUUCCUACACUCCCCAUAAUGCAAUGUAACAAUGUCCUAUGUGUCUAUGUCUAUGUUACGGGCUUACUGUUAAAGCUACCCUGAGGAGUUUUUGACCACUAGUAGUGCUAUUCUAGUACAAGCAUUUUGUGAGGGAAAAAAGGGGGUGAAUUGCAACAGAAAAUCUGACAGAAAAAUGUUUAUUACUCAUAUUUUUUUUCAGAUAUCAGAUAUUCCCCAAUUGAUUACUUAAAUUUCUUAGGACUUUUUAUAUGUGAUAGAGGAGACUUUUAUUAGACUCGAUCAGUUGAAAGUGUAUUUUGCAAUUUGUGUGUGGUCAUGUUGCAUAAUGCCUGUACUAUUCUGUUUGUAUCAUGUACUGUAUAUGUGCGAGCAAGGAGACGCCAACAAACGUAGCAGUAUGCCAACAAAAGCAAUACAGAAGAGGACUGUUAACUAGUAAACAUAGAUGGAAACCAUGCUGAAUGCCAAAUACUUGAAAAAGUCUGCUUUGCAAAUGUUUUAGGAGGAAGGAAAUGUGUUUUGUUAACCCUUGAGGACACACAAUGAGCAGGACUAACCAUGUUGAGUAAAUUAAUCUUGAUUUGUAAAAUCAGUGGAAUGCCCCUUCUCAACAAAAGCGGUGAACUUUAACUUUUAUCUUUCUCACAAUUUUCUUCCUUUUGCGAUGACCUUCAGGGCCUCACAAAGCUGCUGGCGUGGCUGUAGACUCUCUGUCUUGUUCUUUUCUUUUUAACUAGCGCUGUUGUAAACUGAUCAGAUGCCAAACAAACACAGUGCUAAAUACAGGCCUUAUGAUGUGUCUGUUUCAUACAGCUUUAUGUAUUGUUGAGGUGGGAAAGGGCAACAAGGAACUAUAUCUUAGAUGCUGUAGUUUUUUUUUUUUUUUCUCCUUUUGUUUAAAGUGUCAAUUUAUGAAUUACAGCACAUUAUUCUAGUUAAUUUAUUGCUAAAUGAAACUUAAAGAGUUGUGUUUUGCUCAAGUUUUGUUUCAUGUUGCAAAUCCAAUGCAGGCAAUCAAUCUCAAGGAUAUUAAGGGAAAUGCAUGUGUACUAUGAAGGUGAUUUUAUACGUGAAUGUUGUAAUUAAGAUUGGUACUCGAUCUUUCGCUUGCUUGUUUUUGUCAAUAAAAUAUUAUUUUUAAUAUUA